ACACCUUCUCUCCUGACAUCCAUCUCGUCCACAUCAACCACUUACAUCCACCUUCAACCCCACGAUGCGUUCCAAGUUCAAGGAUGAGCACCCCUUUGAGAAGCGCAAGGCUGAGGCAGAGCGCAUUCGUCAGAAGUAUCCGGACAGGAUACCCGUAAUCUGCGAGAAAGCAGACAAGACGGAUAUCCCGACGAUUGAUAAGAAGAAGUAUCUCGUACCGUCGGAUUUAACUGUUGGACAAUUCGUGUACGUUAUCCGGAAGCGAAUCAAGCUUGCUCCGGAAAAGGCCAUCUUCAUAUUCGUCGACGAAGUACUGCCUCCAACAGCCGCAUUAAUGAGCGCAAUUUAUGAGGAGCAUAAGGAUGAGGAUGGGUUCCUUUACGUGAGCUAUUCUGGGGAGAACACGUUUGGUUCGGAAGCGCUAUAGGAAGAUCAGUCAUCGCGUGGACGAGCCAGACGCGUCAGCAACAGUCAGGCUACUCAAGUACUGUAGCCUCAAUCUCGCGUUACAAUCUUCUUUCACUUCCGUUACACCAUCAUUGUAUAGCGUCACACCCACGAAUGGUUUUCACAGAAUGUUUUACGUGUAUUUUAUGCUUGCUCUCUGUCUCAUUUUUCCCUUGAGAAUAUAAUGAUUGUUCGUCACGUCGAUGCACGUUCGUCU